CUUAAAGUUUACAAGAUGGCGGCGGUGCCGGUUUAUUGCCAAUGUCGGCAGCCGUACGAUGCCGGGCGAUUCAUGAUCGAGUGCGAUGUCUGCAAGGACUGGUUCCAUGGCAGCUGUGUGAAAGUGGAGGAGCAUCAAGCUGUCGACAUUGACUUGUACCAUUGUCCAAACUGUGCCAUAUUGCAUGGAGCCUCCCUGAUGAAGAAACGAAACAACUGGCACCGACAUGACUACACUGAGACUGCAGACCCUGUUAAAAAGAUACAGGCAGGGACGCCGGUUUUCAUCAGGGAGCUCCGAGCACGACAUUUUCCAAGUGCCAGUGAAAUCCUCAUCAAGCUGCACGGUACCCAGCUGACGCACAAAUACCUAGAAAAGCAUGGGUUUGAAUUUCCCAUCAUGGUGUCUAAAAUAGAUGGACUUGGAAUUUCUCUCCCAUCAAGCACCUUUUCUGUCAGGGAUGUGCAAGAGUAUGUGGGUGGUGAGAAGGUGAUCGAUGUGAUCGAUGUGGCUCGGCAAGCUGAUUGUAAGAUGAAACUGCAGGAGUUUGUAGACUAUUACACUGCUCUCCAUCGAACCAAAGUAUUAAAUGUCAUUAGCUUGGAAUUUUCUGAUACAAAGAUGUCGGAGCUGGUGGAAGUUCCUGAUAUUGUUCAGAAGCUCUCCUGGGUAGAGAAUUACUGGCCAGAGGAUUCCUUUUUUCCCAAACCGUGCGUUCAGAAGUACUGCUUGAUGGGAAUGGAGGAUAGUUAUACUGACUUCCACAUUGACUUUGGGGGGACCUCUGUCUGGUAUCAUGUACUGUGGGGGGAAAAGCUGUUUUACUUGAUAAAGCCAACUGAUGCCAAUCUUGCACUAUAUGAAAGUUGGAGUGGUUCUGUUAACCAGAGUGAAACGUUCUUUGGAGACCAGGUGGACAAAUGCUAUAAGUGCAUCCUACAGCAGGGACAGACACUCUUCAUUCCCACAGGCUGGAUUCAUGCUGUCCUCACCUCCAAGGAUUGCAUGGCUUUCGGUGGAAACUUCUUGCACAACCUCAACAUUGGCACACAACUCAGGGUAUAUGAGAUGGAGAAGAGGCUAAAGACUCCGGAACUUUUCAAGUUUCCAUAUUUUGAGGCAAUUUGUUGGUAUGUGGCAAACAGUCUUCGGGAAACUCUAAAAGAAAUGCGAGAGGACAGUUGCCAACCACAGGAAUACCUCAUAGAAGGAGUCAAGGCACUAAUCCCCACACUUAAAUGCUGGAUUCAGAAAGAGGGCUUGAUUGACCGCCCAUAUGAAAUCCCAGAUCAUAUCAGACCAGGGCAGCUGAUCAAAGAACUCAGCAAGGAAAUUCGCUUUGUGGAGGAGAUGAACACAGGAAAUAAACCCGUAAAGUCUCAGGGAAUCACUGCCACAGUGCCAGCCACACGAGUCACUCAGGACAAAAGUUCUCCCUCCACUGUAAGCCCAGGCAAGCGGAAAUGCAGGAGGCUGAGAGACCCCUCAAACAGGAUACACUCGGACCUGGACAUUCUGGAGCUCCACACUCGAGCUGUGUUGAAGAAAAUGGAGAUGGCCCAGUGGGGUGAGGACAAUAUGUCUAGCUCCACAUUGAGAGUAAAGAUCAGCAAAUCCUCAUCACCAUCUUCAGGAGCUGAGAAAGGCCCCAGUGACAAUAACUUGCAAUUGGUGCUUUCAAAAGGGAGGAUUAUUAGUCAUAACAGGGAUGAGUUAGAAUUCGAUCAAUGCAGCACAGACAGUGAAGCUGAAGAAGAGGACCAGUCAGAUGACCGGUGUAAUAAGCUACAUGAAGCAGAUAGCUCUGAUUGUGAGGACGAGAAAUUAGAAUCUGAAAAUCCAUUGAACAGGUUUUUCGAAAGUAUGAAAACUGAACUUGGAGACGGAAUGUCCAAAUCCUCUGACCUUUCUGACUCUGAUGUCGAGAUGAAAUACAGCCUGCAGAGAGCAGAUUCUGGAAGCAAGGAAUCCCAUCAGUCAUCUGGAAGUGAGAAUGGGUUGACAAUCCAGUCAGAGGCUGAGGGGUCGCAGCAAGUGCUAGAUAAGCCCAGGACAAGUCUGAAGCGUUGCAAGAAGGACAGCACGGUUGAGAGAGAAUGGUUGCCAUCUCCGAGCACAGCAGAGACCAUCCAGGGCAUGCUCUCAAUGGCAGCCCUGCAAUAUUCAGACCUUCGCAACAAUCGAAGAAAGAAUAGUGACAGCAUGGAUAAAAGAAACCUUCCAAGGUCACAUGACAUGAAAAUUAAUCAGAGGGAGGAAGAAGAACAGAGCCCACAGUCCAGGGCAGCAGAGUGUGUUGCGCCUGUGAAACAGGAAGCCGCUGAGAGCAGCAAUGAAUUGGUGAAUCAUGAAGCGAGAAGCUCGCUGAGAACAGCAGCCAAACUCUCUGAAGAGAUAUGGAAGGAACGAAAACACCUUGGAAAAGAAGCCUCAGUGAGGCAAACAAUUCAGGAAAAGAAGAAUUUGAUGGGAGAACGUGAGGACAAUGAGGGUCAGAUUCCUACCGAUUCUCUGAGUGUAGUGUAUAGGUCAUCAGCUGAUCACGUCUGGGGAGACUGUGAGAUUCAUAACAGCGAGAGCCUGGAACACAUCCAUUCUGUCAUGCCAACAUCUCCAUCCAUGCAUCCAUCCAGCAAGAGGACCCUGUCCAAUCCACCCCCUGUGAGCAAUCAGGCAACAAAAGGUAAGCGCCCAAAGAAAGGGAUGGCAACUGCAAAACAGCGACUGGGAAAGAUUCUGAAGUUGAACAGAAGUGGCCGCCUCUUCCUUUAGAAUAAUAGUAUUCCAGACCAGCAGUGGUCCAAAGAGGGUCCUGGUCCGACUGCACAUAUGGCCACCUUUCGGGUAAACUGUGCCUCAGGAACAAUUCCCCAGAGAACACUGUUGAAGCACAGACAAGCAAUAAUGGUGGAGCUGGACUUUUGGAGGAGGGGCUGGGGAGAGAGAGAGAGAGAGGACUGAAAUUAUGGAACUUUUACCAAUGUUCAGGGCUUGCAGACAUUUUUUUAGAGAGUGGUAUUCUGACUUACUGUUGUCAUGUAAUUUAUUUCUUACAGAUUAUUUGAUGCAUUUUGACAGCUUUGAAUGAUUUUUUUAAAAAGAUAACUAUUUAUUGAGGGAUUUGUCUGAAUAACUUCAACUAAAUGACAAGCUAGAUAUAAAACAUUGAACCAUAUAUCCAGUGGAGAAUUUCUUGUUUUAAUUGUUUAAGUGAAGAAUUGCUGUCUGUCUGUCUGUCUGUCUCUUUGCUGACUCUCUCUGUCCACUGCACACCCCCGCCCCAUCUGUCUCCUUCCAAGAUGUCACUUAUCCACAGCAGAGUUUGUGUUCAGUUUCCAGUUGAAGUGUCUUGGAUGAAGCACCAUUGUGCAGUAUCUGUUCACAACCCAAGGAUGGGAUAUACUUAGAAAGCUGAUAAGUGUUUGGAAAGCUGAUUAUUUGACUUCUGGGUGCAGUAUUUGCAGACCUUAUUUCAGUAAUAGUUGUGAUGCUAAAAGAAUUGGCCUCAAAGGAUCUUAGAUAUUGUUCGCCUCAUACCAAUCUGACUUUGAGUAUCCUGCAGAGAUCCUACUUAUGGAAACUGUCCACCACUCAGGUGCCUCAGGUCUUACUGUGACAACAACUGUGGUGCAGACUUUAUUCUAUUAUGGAGAUCUAUGUUGUUGAUGACCUAGUUGAUAUUUUUGGGGUAAGCUAUGCUGGAUCUUCUUGUUAGUGGUGACCUUUUGAAACAGGUAACUGCUGUGAUUUCUCUUAACUUCUAAUAACAAAGUUGGAAGUGUAGAUGCUUGUCUAGGUGAGGGCAAUUUAUAUCACCGUGAUCAUGAAACUAAUUCAUGACUAACAAUAUAAGGGAUGAAAUCUGAAUUUUAACUCCAAAGGAAGCUCUUCUAUUCGAACAGGCUGUGUAUCCAGAUUAAGAUGUAUCUUCUGCAUAUCCAUGGUGAUGACUCUACGGUCAGGUGCACACCUCAACAGUCCACCCCCAAUCUCUUCAUCUCUGAAAUAUCCUUUCUGCUGAAGCUGCUGUUCACUGUAGGUUAGGAUGAAUCUGUCCUGGAUCAGUUAGAAUCAAGGAUUUGUAGACAAAUAUGUAAUCAAACAAUCUAAAGAGGCAAUAGUUCAGGUACAGUCAAAUGGGACAAACUAAUUCAGGCUCUAGGAUGGUGUUGUAGUCUGAGCUGAUGUUGCAACUUGACAGGUCAGUUUCCAGAAUGAAAUCUGACUUGAUAAGUCAUAUUUUGCUUUGUUUUUAAUUUAAUUUAGUGGUCUUAAAAAUUCCAGUCUGCAGAUUUUGUUUCAACAGUGAAACAGAACGUUAUACAAAACAUUUAAAACAAACCAAGCUAUCUCAGUAUAACAGUUUAAAAUACCUGCCAAAACAAAAUUCCAU